AGCUUGGUAUAAAUACAACCGCCUUUUGUUUUCGACUUCAGACUCGUUCCCUGAAGACAGAAGAAGUACUGCGUUUGUCGCCACCUUAAACAAAGAACAUUUGUUUUGUAAAGAUGCAGAUCUUCGUGAAGACCCUGACUGGCAAGACCAUCACCCUUGAGGUGGAGCCCAGUGACACUAUUGAGAAUGUCAAGGCUAAAAUCCAGGACAAAGAGGGCAUCCCCCCUGACCAGCAGCGUCUGAUCUUCGCCGGCAAGCAGUUGGAGGAUGGUCGUACCCUAUCCGACUACAACAUUCAGAAGGAAUCCACCCUUCAUCUUGUGCUGCGCCUCCGUGGUGGUAUGCAGAUCUUCGUGAAGACCCUGACUGGCAAGACCAUUACCCUUGAGGUGGAGCCCAGUGACACCAUUGAAAACGUGAAGGCCAAAAUCCAGGACAAAGAGGGCAUCCCCCCUGACCAGCAGCGUCUGAUCUUCGCCGGCAAGCAGUUGGAGGAUGGUCGUACCCUAUCCGACUACAACAUUCAGAAGGAAUCCACCCUCCAUCUUGUGCUGCGCCUCCGUGGUGGUAUGCAGAUCUUCGUGAAGACCCUGACUGGCAAGACCAUUACCCUUGAGGUGGAGCCCAGUGACACCAUUGAGAACGUGAAGGCCAAAAUCCAGGACAAAGAGGGCAUCCCCCCUGACCAGCAGCGUCUGAUCUUCGCCGGCAAGCAGUUGGAGGAUGGUCGUACCCUAUCCGACUACAACAUUCAGAAGGAAUCCACCCUCCAUCUUGUGCUGCGCCUCCGUGGUGGUAUGCAGAUCUUCGUGAAGACCCUGACUGGCAAGACCAUUACCCUUGAGGUGGAGCCCAGUGACACCAUUGAGAACGUGAAGGCCAAAAUCCAGGACAAAGAGGGCAUCCCCCCUGACCAGCAGCGUCUGAUCUUCGCCGGCAAGCAGUUGGAGGAUGGUCGUACCCUAUCCGACUACAACAUUCAGAAGGAAUCCACCCUCCAUCUUGUGCUGCGACUCCGUGGUGGUAUGCAGAUCUUCGUGAAGACCCUGACUGGCAAGACCAUUACCCUUGAGGUGGAGCCCAGUGACACUAUUGAGAACGUCAAGGCUAAAAUCCAAGACAAAGAGGGCAUCCCCCCUGACCAGCAGCGUCUGAUCUUCGCCGGUAAGCAGUUGGAAGAUGGUCGUACCCUAUCCGACUACAACAUCCAGAAGGAAUCCACCCUCCAUCUUGUGCUCCGUCUCCGUGGUGGCAACUGAGUGGCCUGUCUUCAGCCGCAAGCGAUGUCUCACUCCCCUGACCUUUUAACCUUUCCCUACCCUGCACCACUUUGCCCCACUCAUAUCACCCCCAACACCUUACUCAUCCACAAUCACCCUCCCAUUACAUUCCUUUUUUCAUUUGAAUAAAGUUCAAGCAUUCCCGCAAA